GGAGCAGGGCGAGCCGAUGUCUGUUAACCAGCUGAUCGUCCACCCAGACAGAGAGGGAGAGGGGAGGGGAGCAGAGAGAGGAGUGACUACUGAUGCUCUGGUAAUCUGCACUGUGUGAGUCAGUGCUGUGGAGAGCAAAACAGCAGCAGCGUGAGACACGUUUCUCUCUCACGGUCGUCAACAACACAGAAGAGCACUAUGGGAAAGCAGCUAAGCUAGAGGAGGAAGUGAGACAGCCACAUAGAAAGCAAGAGCGGCAGAAGCUUGCGUUACGAGAGAGAGAGGCAAAAAGACAAGUCAACAGCUUCUUUUUGAAGUAGAAAGGACUGUGGAAGAUCACUGAACCUGAUCGACAGCAGUAACAAUCUAAACAAAUCCAGAGGAAAAGGAAGUUUACUAUUUCAUCUCGCAGGUGGCAGCAGGUUGAAUCCACGACGUGGUGCAGGGAUGUCCUGGUUGUCUCCGGUCCAGUGGGCCAAAUGGACAUGGUCAGCAGUGACUGGGGUGGCGGGGGAAGAGGGGCAGCCCACAUCUAAGGAUGGCAGAGAGGACAAUUCAGACUCGGAAGGGACCUUCGAGACUCCAGAAGCAGAGUCUCCAGGUGUUGUGAAGCUAUUGACCCAGCUGGACAACUCCAACCACACAGUUUUCCCUGAGGUUACAAACCACUUUCUGGACAACAACUCCAACCAGGAUGUCGGCCCAGUUACAUCCCAAGAGGUCGAUUCCCUGAACAACCUCACCGGCUCCUCACCUAACGGCCGCAGCUUUGGUUUGCACCAGAACCUCAACCUGACCCUCAGCAGCAAACCCGGUCCUGGAGGGGGGCUCUCCUCACCCAGCUUUCUGACCCAGCCUCAAGCGCUCCGGCCCCCAUCGCUGUCCGUCCUCUCCCCGCUAAACAAACCCGAUCCUUCGGAGGUGGACGACAAGGCUCCGGUGACGCCUGACUCCAGCCCGGACUCAAACUUGAUCCCCAGUCAUGACACUUGUGUGGACGCCGACUUGCUUAAUGGCAACAUGAACUCCUACACGCAAAACACAAAACUGACCUGUGAGACCAACGGCACAAUUAUCACAAACUCCUGUAAAGUGGCGCAGAACCAGCCGAUGCAAAAGGACUUCAGUGGACAGGAUGAGCUUCAUGGAGGUCACGCCACGGACGAGGAGAAGUUGGCGAGCAGUGUCAAACCAGACAAGGACCAAAGUGUUCAAGACCAUGUGACAUCAAAACCUGAGGACUGCUGCUCUGUGUUCGAGGACCCAUUCAAACUGAAGAACAAGUCGGAGGGAGGGGAAAUGCAGAAAACAGGAAGUCAGGUCCUGGAUUCCAUCUGCAUCAGCGAAGCAGAAAAACAAGCCGUUCUCACCCUCAUUCGAGAGGAGAUCAUCACUAAAGAGGUGGUGGCCAACGACUGGAAGAAAAAGUACGAUGACAGCAAACAAGAAGUCAGUGAGAUGAGGAAGAUUGUUGCAGAAUAUGAGAAGACAAUCGCUCAGAUGAUCGAGGACGAUCAGCGCUCCACCCAGAGUUCCCAGAAGGCUUUGCACUCUGUGACGACGGAGAAGGACGCCGCCCUGGCAGACCUGAACUCCGUGGAGCGCUCUCUCUCUGACGUGUUUCGCCGUUAUGAAAAUAUGAAGAGCACCCUGGAGGGCUUUAAGAAAAAUGAGGAGGUGCUGAAGAAGUGUGCUCAGGAAUAUCUGGCCAGAGUCAAGCAGGAAGAGCAGAGAUACCAGACACUAAAAGUCCAUGCUGAGGAAAAACUAGACAAGGCCAAUGAGGAGAUCGCUCAGGUGCGUGGAAAGGCGAGCUCAGAGAACAUGGCGAUGACGGCCAGUUUGAGGAAGGAGCAGAUGAAGAACGAGUCUCUGGAACAAGCUCUGCAGCAGAAGAAUCAAGAGAUGGAGGAACUCACCAAGAUCUGUGAUGAGCUGAUUGCCAAAAUGGGAAAAACAGACUGAGAGACACUCCCUGUGAAUCAGCCAGUGCCGUCCCUCCGGUCCCGCCUGACAGCGACGCCCUGUGCAUGCCCUCAGCAGCUCUCAUACUCUCUGCCAGCCCUGCAAUCACAGAGACUGCUUAUGUACAGAUGUCUAAAGUAACUUCCUGUAUACUACAAUUGCACUACUUGUGACCCGAAUCAAGAAGGUUCUGUACAUGCUAAUAAUUGUUCUAGUUGGAACUCUGUUAAAUGUAUGUGGUCGCAAUGUUUUGUUAGCAUUUUUGCCCAUUACGAGGCCAUCUGGACCUCUUGUGCUUUCGCCCAUCAUGCCAGCGAGCAACAACCUGCUUAUGACUCAAUUUACAAUCCCAGCACCUCAACAGGUAAAUUCCCAGCAACUCCUGGGAUGACUUCAUACAGGCGGGGUUGUUUUACAGUUACUUUUAGGCAUACAGUAUAUUUCGAUGGGCUUUGACAAGGAUUGUUUUAUAUUAAAGCAACAAUCCACAACAUUUAUUUUUUCUAUAAACUAAACUCUGAAAGAGAAAAGCUCAGGGGUAUUGUGUGUGGCGGAAUGAGGUCAGGGUCAAAGUCAGACUGCACAAGAACUUUUUAGGAUUUAGGAUUAUUUGAGGACAUACAGUAAUCCUCGGAGGCCUUGGUUUGUUCAUGAGAGAUACUGAAUCCAGAACGAGUCUGGACCACAUGUCACUCAUGACAUUACCUGGAUUCUGGACAAUUCAAGUAGCUGCAGAAUAUUUAUCAGUCACAGAGAAGCAUAAUAACCUGACAAUCAUAGACUUACCUGUGAUUGUGUAAAUGUGUGGCGUUGUCUUGUCCGAUCCACAAAGUCAGUAAAGAGAAAAAUGUAUCCUGAAGAGUGAAGCGCUAAAUCAACUCCACCACUGUACGUUAACUAUCCUGUCAACUGGAAAACAUUAAAACAUGGUGACCAUUAUAAGAUUAAUAAGUGCUGCAAUAUGUCACCUUUUUUUCUUCUUCUUUUGAAACCAUCACUGUGUCACAGAUUGAGUUUCCACUAAUCACACUUACCUCUCGCCACAAAGGAGACUUAAGUGUUCGACAGUGUCGUAAGAGGUUUUGUCUGUUGCUUAUGCGUAAUGAAGAUGUGAGCUCUGAUGCCUGUAUUUACAGCUACUCAGCACAUAAAUCUGUUUCUUUGCAUGAUUAGUUUCAUAGCUUUGUGCUACUCAGAAUGGAAAUCGUUUUCUCAACACACCAGUAAAACUAGUUGUGAAGUAAUGACUUAGAAGGGUUUGACUUAGUAACAAGUAUCAGUGAAAAGAUGGAGGGAGUUUUCAAUACUUGCCUUUUUCUACAAAAUAAAUGUUCUUUCCAUUUAAAAGAAAUAAGCUAAAUGUCUCUGCAACAUUGAUGUUUAUUGAACGCUUAACACAAACUACUACUUGCCUCAAUAUAAUCCAGUAAACAAUACGCAAAUCUACUAUUUAAAUCAGGCAACAAGACAACUAAGGUAAAAUGUUUUACAGUUUUAAACACACUGAAAAAGUUUAAAUGUCUGAUACCCAGACUAUUUACCACUAUGUAAUCCGUUUAGGACAAAAACCCACUGAUGUGCCACAGUUUGUAUUUGUGCCGUCACCUCUCAGCUGGUUUGACUUUGCUUUACAAAAUACUGUUUUGACACUUUAGCCUCUUUCUUUAAUUAAUGUUUGUAAUUGUAAAUUAGAAAUGAGGAUCUCACACUUGUGUUGACACAUUGAGAAGACUAACAGCGUGAGUGUGUGUGUACAUUUGCUUGAAUAAACAAAUAUAUAAUUUGUUCUAAUA